AUGGCAUACACUGAUCAAUCUUUGCCUUUGACCUCUAAAGGUCUGCCUAUCAAGUCUUACCUGUCCCCUUUUUAUAAAUUUUUGUGGGAUUUUAUCCGUCAUAAUGUUCUCCCCACUGGGAACAAUUCUAAUCCCACUCUUGCUGCCUGCCAACUCAUGAUAUCCAUGGUGAAUCAUGAUAAAAUUCCCCUUGGUGAUAUCCUAUAUAAUUCCAUUCUUGGGAAAACCAUUGGUCAUGGUACCAAGCACAAGGGGACUCUUGUGUUCCCCUGUCUGAUUCAGCGCCUUUGUGAGAAAAAUGGGGUGGCAUUUCUUGAUUCCGAUCAGUGGCAUCCCCCCAUUGCUCCUUAUGGCAAGGCCUCUGCUACCUUUAGCCAGAGAGUUUCCAGGACAUUUCUCACUUCUGUGUCGUCUUCCUCUGAGAAUGCCUCUCUCAAAGCUCAGUUGGCUGCCAAGGAGGAGUAUAUUCAACAUCUUUUGAGCCUCAUUCCAUCCACUUCGACUCCGGCACCUCCUGCUGCUGCUGCUGCUGCAGAUCCUCAGCCUGCUCCUGCCACUGAUGAGGACUCGGAUGACUCUGUGGAUUCUGGUGGUUCUUUGAUCUUUUAG